AUGGCGUCUCCGGCAGUCUCCGUCGUCUGCAUAGGCAUGGCAGGCUCGGGGAAGACAACAUUUAUGCAGAGAAUCAACUCCCAUUUACAUUCCAAAAAGACAGUGCCAUACGUUGUAAACCUUGACCCCGCCGUGCAUUCGGUUCCCUUCGAGAGCAACAUCGACAUCCGAGACUCGAUCAACUACAAGGAGGUCAUGAAGCAAUACAAUCUUGGUCCAAAUGGCGGUAUCUUGACAUCUUUGAAUCUCUUCGCCACAAAGGUCGACCAGAUCAUUUCGCUGCUCGAAAAGCGCACCGCACCCAACUCCGAAAACCCCGCUGCAAAGCCAAUCGAACACAUCUUGAUCGAUACCCCGGGUCAAAUCGAAGUAUUUGUGUGGAGCGCAUCAGGAAGCAUCCUACUCGAGACCCUCGCUUCGUCCUUUCCAACUGUCAUCGCAUACAUUAUCGAUACCCCGCGGGCCAGUUCGACAAGCACUUUCAUGAGCAACAUGCUAUAUGCGUGCAGUAUCCUUUACAAGACCAAACUACCCAUGAUUUUGGUAUUCAACAAAACCGAUGUUAAGGAUGCUGAGUUUGCUAAGGAGUGGAUGACCGACUUCGACAAAUUCCAAGAGGCUCUGCGAAAGGAAGAGGAAUCCGGCGCCUUCGGAACGGAAGGUGGUGUCGGUGGGUUUGGAGCUGGUAGUGGAUAUAUGGGUUCGCUCUUGAACAGUAUGAGCUUAAUGCUGGAGGAGUUCUAUCGACACCUGAGCGUUGUCGGUGUUAGUUCUAUGACCGGCGAUGGUGUCGAUGAAUUCUUCGAGGCUGUGGAAACAAAGCGCCAAGAGUUCGAGCGCGAUUAUAAGCCCGAGCUUGAGCGCAAGAAGCAGGAACGGGAAGAAAGCAAGGCCAAUCAACGGGACAUCGAGUUGGGUAAGCUUAUGAAAGACAUGAAUGUCAAUAGCUCGGGUCGCAAAGAACGCAAGGGCCCGGAGACCGGACCGGAGACUGUUAGCGAGGCCGAGGAUGAAGAAGAGGAUGAGCUUAUCAAGCGGGGUCUCGCUUAUGGUGAAGAUGACAGCGAUGAUGAUUACGCUGAAGCUGCCGCUGGGGAUGACGAUGGUCUCUCCCAGCGCUACCAGGAUGCUCUCUCGAACACUCAGAGUGCCCCCUCGGAUCAAGACAACAGCUUCACGAGAUAUCUUCGGGCUAGCAAUAUGAACCAGCAGUGA